UUUUUCGCUUUGGCCCAAUCGGUUAGGAUUUCUACGGACUUUGAAUCCUCGGCGGUCACUCCGACCGGCGAACACCUCUGGACGCUUCCAGAAGCUCUUUCGAAGACCAUCUGCUACUAUUUUCCAUUUUCCCUUUAUUCGUCUCUACUCUUUCUUUCUUCUGCUCUUCCAUGGCCGAUUCCUCCGGCAAGCACGGCCGCGAUCACCCUCUGGAUUUCCAGGGAUUUUUGAAUGACUUGCAGGAUUGGGAAGUCUCAUUUAAGGGAAAAGACAAGAAACUGAAGCCACAGGCCAUUGGAAAAGAAAAGGAGGAUAGAAGGCAGACAGAAAAAGCUUCAGCAGCUGAUUACUUGAAGCAAUAUGAUGCGGUUAACCGUCUAUCAAGAAAUUUUCAGACUGAACAGAGUUUUGUUGAUGCUGCUUCAGAGAAAGAACAGGGUAAUGAGUAUUUUAAGCAAAAGAAGUUCAAAGAAGCCAUUGACUGCUAUUCAAGAAGUAUUGCUUUGUCCCCAACAGCUGUAGCCUUUGCAAAUAGGGCUAUGGCCUACCUAAAAAUCAGGAGAUUUCAGGAGGCUGAGGAUGACUGUACAGAGGCCUUAAAUUUAGAUGAUCGGUACAUCAAAGCAUACUCGCGCAGAGCAACAGCUAGAAAGGAACUUGGGAAGGCUAAAGAGGCCUUGGAGGAUGCUGAAUUUGCCCAGAGAUUGGAGCCUAACAACCAGGAGAUCAAGAAGCAGCAUGCUGAUCUCAGAGCUUUUGUUGGGAAGGCAAUUCUUGAGAAGGCAUCUGGUGCUUCAAGAAGCUCCCCCAAAGAUAAGAAGAUGCUUAAAAAAUCAGACUCUGAUGCAAAAAUUCAGGACAUCCCUCCUGUCUCUAGCAGCACAUCAAGGACUGGAUUAUUGGCAGCUCGAGAACGUGUUGAGGAAAAUGGUGGGGAAAAUGCUGUCAAGACAUCAGCACGUGUAGAAGAAAAUGAGGACAUAAGUACAAGAGCUGAAAUCGCUUGCAAAAAAGUAGCAACAAAUGGUUUUCACAAAGACUCAAGUUCAUAUUUGUGGGCAUUGGAGAGAGAUCAUCUUCCGAGAAAGCCGGAACUGAAGGCAUCAGUGCAAGAACUUGCUUCUCAAGCAGCUUCCAGAAGCAUGGUUGAAGCUGCAAAAAACAUUAUAGCCCCAACUACUGCCUAUCAAUUCGAAGUUUCUUGGAGAGGAUUCUCUGAUGAUCAAGCAUUGCAGGCUUGUCUUUUAAAGACCAUCUCUCCAGCCAAGUUGCCUCAGAUAUUCAAAAAUGCAUUAACCGCUCCAAUUUUAAUAGACAUUGUCAAGUGUGUGGCUACAUUUUUCACUGAAGAACCGGCUUUGGCCAUCAGUUUUUUAGAAAAUUUAGUCAAAGUCCCGAGGUUCAGCAUACUGAUGAUGUGUCUUUCAUCCUCUGAAAAGUUCGAUCUCCUCAAGAUUUGGGAUGAAGUAUUUUGUGAUGAGGCUGUUCCAAUUGAGUAUGCAGAAAUGCUCGACAGCUUGCGUUCAAAGUACUUUCUUAAACAAUGACAGACGUUUCUUUAGCUGCCUCUCUAAAGCCAACCCAGCUGCUUAUCUUCAGUGUAAAGUAUCCAAUUAUUCUGUUUUUGGGAUCAUAAUUUGGCAUGUUGACAUAUCUAACUCACGCAAUGAAGUUAAAUGUUACGAAAA